UCCUAUCUGACUGAGAGUUGUGUUGAAAAGAUUAUGCUAUAGAAUUAUAUAUAGUUGUCUCUCAACUCUAGCCACAAUCUCUCUCCUUCUCUGUCAUGCCAAACUUCCUCUUACUUUUUGGCCAAUCCCCUCUCUAUUUUUAGUAUCUCUCUCUCUCUCUCUCUCUCUCUCUCUUGUGAAGAACAAGACCUGAGAUACCCAAAACUGGGUGACAACUAUAUGCAUUAAAAGGUUUGAAUUCCAUUUAUUACACGUGACAAAGGGAGAAAAAGAUAAAUUUGUGGAUGUCUUGAGCUUAUUUGAAUAUUUUGUUGAUUGGGGUAUAUUCAUGGGUAGGAUCAUGAAGAAUUAAAAGAGAACCCAUCUGAAAUUUGGACUUGUUUUUUCAUUUGGGUCUGCCUAACUAGACUGAUAUCUUGUAGAUUGGGUCAAAUUCAAUUGAAUGGUGUGAAUGUUGGGGUGGCUAGUGUAAUGGGGUGGUAGUUGUGAUUUAUUGGUGGAAUGAGCAUAAUAGGAUGAACUAAAGUUGUUAAAAAUGGAUAAAAAGGAAGAUGCAGAAGUGCAAGAAGAGAAUUCGGCAUCACCAGUUUGGGUGUUGCAGCAUUUAUCUGAGCAGGUGGUUAGAGUGGCCGGUGAUGCACUGCAUAAUGUGUACCCAGUUAGUCCGAACAUCCAACCAUUGAGGCCGGAGCCGGGGCUGGGGCAAGGACACAGACGCAGUCAGAGUGAUGUUGUACCAAAAUUUAAUGGUCGUACUAAUAGCUUUCAGAGAUUGAAGACGCGGAUGCAGAAGGCUUGGAAAUGGGGUAGCAAUUCUCAGGAAGAAGGUAAUUGGCGGAGUUUCAAUCCUGAGGUCUUGGCAAACCAAAAACGCCAGUGGUAUCAGCUUCACUCAAAAUCUCUGGACCUCACUAAAUACAAGGAGCCUACCUCACUCUUUGAACACUUUAUUGUUGUGGGGCUUCAUCCAGAUGCUAAUCUUGAGAUUGUGGAGGAUGCAUUUGCUAAAAGGAAGAAAUGGCAGUUACAAAUGGCAAAUUCUGAAAUAUUAGAAUAUAAAAAGCUGCAGCAUCGGGCGCCUUCAAUUCCAACAUUGGAACCUCAGAUACUUUUUAGAUACCCUCCUGGAAAGAGGUUAGCCAUUCGUCUGAAGGAUCUAGCAGCCUUCUGUUUUCCUGGAGGUGUUGAGGCACGUUUGUUGGAGAGGACACCAUCACUAAGUGAGCUAAAUGAACUUAUUUAUGGACAGGAGCAUUUAGGCAGAGAUGAUUUAGCAUUUAUUUUUUCACUUAAGGUGGCAGGCAAUGCAACACUUUAUGGUGUUUGUUUACAUGUUCCUGAAAUUGUUCAAAGGUCACCUGGUAUCUUAGGCACCUCAUCACCUCUUUCUCAUUCAUCUGGAGGAUACAAGCGUUUUUUGGUUUCUGCCCCUCGUUGCUAUUGUUUGCUUACAAGACUUCCUUUCUUUGAGUUACACUAUGAGAUGUUGAACAGUAUCAUUGCUCAGGAGCGUCUGAAUCGAAUAACACAGUUUGUCAGUGAAUUGGCUCUUAAUGCUUAUGUCCCUUCAGUAACCAAAGUACAUGAUCAAAUGAAUGGGAAUGUUGACUCCCCUGAGAGGGAGUCUCUUAGUGAUUGGAUGGCUUCUGCCAUACCUGUUGAUAGUGCACUGGCCCUUACUGCUGCUGCUGCAGGAAUUUCUCAUGAUGAUUUCAUCUCACCCUCGUCAUUGAAGAUAUGGGAGCCUCACUCCCCUGAAAGUGUUACCACCAGUGAGGCUUCAGAUUUUAGCCAAGUAAAGGAAACAGACAAAGAUAGUAGUAAGAAUUCACAAAAUUUUGAAGAAUGUACUUUUGAGGCCUCAGAAACUUGUUCGCAACCUUCGGAAAGAAUGUGUGGAUGCUUUGAAAAUGAUCAAAUUUCUCCAGAGGUCAGGACAUCAUUCACCUCUAGGAAUCUUGCACUGGGGCAUCUUGGGAGUUCUGAAUCCCUAUUCAGUCCAGUUAGAAGCAUGGAAUCAGAGGAUUAUGAUGAUGAAAUUUUUGCGAAUUGUGAUAAAGCUUUUGGGGAUGACCUAAUAAUGGAAUGGGCCAAGGAGAAUAAAAACGAUUUGCUACAGAUAGUUUGUGGAUAUCAUGCUCUGUCUCUUCCCCCAAGAGGAAGUGAACUACUUUUCCAGCCUCUUGAGCAUUUACAGGCUAUUGUGUAUAUGCGGCCUCCACUUGCUGCCCUUGGCUUUCAUGAAAAUAAUUUAGAUUCCCUUGAAGUUGCUGAGGUUGAUGCGAAGUUGGCAGCUGCUGAGGAAGCUUUUGCGCUAUCCAUAUGGACAACUGCAACAAUUUGUCGAGCGCUCUCCCUCGAAAGUGUUUUGUCAUUGGUUGCAGGUGUAUUAUUGGAAAAACAAGUGCUGGUAGUGUGCCCAAAUCUGGGUGUUCUAUCAGCUGUAGUGUUAUCCCUUGUUCCCUUGAUUCGCCCAUUCCAGUGGCAGAGUUUAUUGCUUCCUGUUUUACCAGGCAGGAUGCUUGAUUUUCUUGAUGCACCAGUUCCUUAUAUUGUUGGCAUUCAAUAUAAACCAGUUGAUUUGAAGAUGAAAGCAUCAAACGUUGUUCAUGUUAACGUUCUCAAAGACGAGGUGAAAAUGUGUCACCUGCCUGCACUUCCCCGGCAUAAAGAGCUUGUUUCUGAACUGGGGCCAAUCCAUGCUAGAUUGUCACGUGAAAGUUCGAUUGCUAAAAGGCAUCCUGUUUAUAGGUGCAGCGAUGUGCAGGCUGAAGCUGCAGCUGAGUUUUUGAAUGUUAUGAGAUGCUACUUGGAGUCACUUUGUUCAGACCUGAAGUCUCAUGCAAUAACUUGUGUACAAUCAAACAAUGACAGGGUUUCUUUACUUCUUAAAGAUAGCUUUAUUGAUUCCUUUCCUAGUAGGGACCGACCUUUUAUGAAGCAAUUUGUAGACACACAACUGUUCUCUGUUCUGUCAGACACUCAUUUGUCCAGCUUUGAGAACGGGUACAGUUAACAUAAUCCCAUUAGAAUUGCCAUGCAUCAGUACAUAAUUCCUUGGUGCAAAUGGAGAUCCAUCAGACUAAUGAUUAAUUUUGAAGGAUAAUGGUUCUCUCACUGUUGGUGAUGACCACUCAAUGAAUUUUGUCAAUCCAAUGGUUUGGAGCCAUCAACUAUGAACUGCCAUAUUGCUGAAGCUUCUGACAACGAGUUUCUAACUAAUGUUUUAAGUAUAAUCUCAAAUACUACACACCAAUAUCUGUUGUACAGUCUAGCAGAAAGGAUCAUUAUCCCAAUCUUUUAUGGUGGAUCUGAUGCUGGGCUUAUUAUAGGUUUGUGCUCCAAAUUUUUGUAAAUAACUAAUAAAACAAUUUACAAAGAAGAUGCUUUUACUCCUGAUUAUAAAGUGUUUGAUGUAAUACUGAUAAUAUAUAUCAAUUUAUAAGGUAAAUGAUACUCUUUAUCUCUCAAA